GCCUCCUGUGAUAGGCCUUUGGAUGAUGUGGAGCAGCUGCAAGUACCUGUGGACGCAGCAUCCAAGCGGGCCCAGCUGCAGCAGCGCUUCGUCGUGAAAAACAUCAAGGAGUCUCUGGCGGCCCUCUCGAGAAACGAUGUUUCUGAGGCUCGCAAAGUGGGGAAGAUAUUCCUUGCUGACGUCGGGCAAAGGGAGCUGGUUCCUGUGGUGGAGCUGCAUAUGUUCCCACAUAAUGUUGCAGACGUGAACUCAACCUGGAAGGUCUUGCUCGUUCCACGGGUCAGGGAGCUUUUCGGAAAGACUGUUUUCCUCUGUAGGCCAAAGGAACGCAAACACCCUGCAGCGACUCGUUGCAUGGCAAAGCUGCCAUUCGACCCAUUGCCUCCACGCUUGAUGCACACCAUAGGCAAAUGGAGCCCUGCCACGGAUCCCCUACGAUCUACGCCUCACGGCCUCGUCCUGAUGAUGGAGGUCCUCGUGGUCUUUGCUGUUGGACUGACGGUAUGUCUGCUCCUGGACUCACUGCUAAAGUUGGUGCAACUAUCAUGGGCGCAGUUGAGUUCUCCGGAGCAAAGCCCGCACAGGGGGAAUCUAUUGAAAGACAAGCUGCCAAAGGUCUACACGCUUACUCAGCAUGCCUACGUGUACAAAGAUGCAGGAGGAAAGGUUGUGAAGCAAUGGUUGCUAUCUGAAGGUUGGAUUGUUCUUGUCAACAAGGACGACAACAUUCGGGUUCUGGCUAAAGGUGAAAUCCCUCCGUCGCCUUUCUGUGCAAACUCGGAGUUGCUGGUGCCGUUGUCUUCCUUGCUGAGACGAAAGCUGGUCCUCGCAACGGCCCAUGCAUCAGUGCAAUGGUUCCUUGUGAAUCAGCUAGCUAAAGUGUUUGCAAUUACGGAGAUUAUGUUGAUCUCCCUCGGCAUUUUUGCGGUCCAUGUGCUGACGCUGUGCCAGAUGGAGCUGACGAACGUGAGUGCUUUGCAGUUUGAGCAGGUGCUUGAAUCAGAGGACAAGCUCCUGCAGCUUGGGAAACACCACCAGACGACCAUGCUAAUCAGCCUUGCUGUGGGGCUGCUGUUUGUCGCAAUGACAGCUGGAAUCCUGCAAAAGGAGGCAAUCGCGACAGCUGCCCUGCCAUGUACGUCUUUGCUUGCAGCAAUUGUUCUGCAUGUGAUGGAUUUUCGCACGUCCAUGAUUGGCCUUCGCAAGUGGAGAUCGCCUGGGCUAAAGGCCAGCGAGUAUACGAGCAUCACCAGCAAAGGCUUGGAGGUAAUGGACGAUGAUGAAGCUCAGCCGCGGGCUUUGUCGAGAAGUAGAGACUUCAGGAAACACAUUGUUCGCUUCCUGCUCUGCGUGCUAGCCGCCGGUGCCGUUAUUCUUCUCAUGCUGGUGGUUCUAGAUGGUGUGCAAAUGCGCGGCGAGCUGUUGACUUACGGCUUCAGCCGCGGCUACUCAACCAUUCCCCCCCACGGGCAGUCGCUUCAGAACACUUUGCUGUUGCACACCAGCGUUGAUUCUCUAUCGUUCACCUUCGAGCCUGGCCCCUUUACGUCUAAAGUACGGCUGCGACUAGAGCAUCCAUUGAUUGAGGCCCACGAUGCUGCGGCGCAGCCAGUCACGAUCUUCAAGGAAGGGCAAAACCCAGCAGAGCAGGUUGGUUUUGAGUAUCCUCUGUCCCUACCAGCCGGUUCGCUCUACAGCCGCCUCAUCGUGGAGGCAACGAGCCCGCUGCACCCAAAGCCUACCCAGUACAUGGUUCACCUCUUGCGAAUUACUGAGGCUGUUCUCAUAUCAGUAAAUGCCAGCAUCAACCCGACUCACUUUCCGAAUGGUCAGUUGGGUGAACCCGUCGCACCAGUGGUGUUUCAUGAGAAGCGCCGAUGGCGCUACCAGCGGAACAACCCAGCGUGGUACGUGCCGGACCUGGAUCUGAGAAGCAACAGCAAGUUUCAGGUGGAACAUGUCCCUGUCAUUCUUGCACCCCUAAAGGCUUUGGCUUCGGAGGCUGAAUCACAGCACUUGGAAGACUUGAGCGGCAUGAGCAUGAUUUCAAGCACCUGCCGCUGUGGCCCUGAACGUCCAGGUUUUGGAAAUUCCUGCGCGGUGGAGGAAGGCAUCACUCUCUUGACCGAAGUUCAUGCUUGCUUGUUUCAAGGAGGCGUGGAAGAAGAGGUCCUUGUUGAGGAUAGGUCAGGAGGCGUCUCCAGCAACGCUUCCAAGCUGAUCCAAUGGCUGUUGGACGUUAAUAUUAGUGGCAAGUCUGUAGGCUUGCAGCUAACUGAUGCUGAGAAGGGUUCUUUGGGAAGCAGCUGGCCGUUGGAGAGACUGCCAACCAGGAAGGCAAAUGGCGUCAAUCGAUUGAUUUCCAGUAUAUUCGAGACAUACAUACCAACGGAUGUGCUAUUGACCCAAGCCACACAGUUGACGAUAGCUUUGACACAGGACAUGACAGAUGCAGAGGUUCUUGCAGUGCCGUUGAGGGUCGUGUCUCACCCGCCUCCAUUGCACUUGAGCAUCAAUAGGUCCGACGGGUUCUUCUUGCCGGAGCCGCUCCCUUCUGAUGACCGCACUAACUUUGCUGCUUGCUGCUUAGGAGACUUGUCCUCCGUCUAUGCCAGCAUCCAUGAUUCACGCUUCAUGGUAGUAGAGACGGAAGUCAGCAGGGGUCAUGACUGUGAUGGUCAGGCUACACUGAAGCAGAAAGAGUUCACAGCGGUGCGCAAACCGGACCAAUCAUGUGAGCCUUACUGUUCUUUGUACCGUCCAUGGGCUGACUACAACGAUGCGAUUGUGUCGCUGUCAGUAGCACGCUGUUUUGAUCAAGCCGUGGAUUUGGACAACCUCACCGCUUUCCGCAAGAUCUCCGACACCAUGCCAGACAGCUCGAGAAAGCUGAUGUUUCAAGCCUGCGACACUCUUCAAAAGGCAGUGCAGCUAAAUCGGACCUUCAUUGCAUCAGAGAUGCUGACCUCAAUGGAUGCUGAUCCAAAUGGAUCUCAGGAUAGACAGACCCCGUUGCAAGUGGCAGCUGAGAGUGGCAAUCUUGGUGCCAUGGAGCUGCUGAUUCACAACAAUGCAUCAGUGGACUUUGCUGGUCCGAAGAAUAGCACCGCCUUGUUCUCUGCAGUAUUGAAUUGCCAGACCCAUGCUGUUGAGUACUUGUUGAAAGAGAACAGCAACCCGAACCAGCUUGCGCUUGCUAGUGACCAGGCAAAUGGGAACUGUGAGAAGACACAGACAGCUCUGAUGAUGGCGCUGGAGACCAAGCAGGACCUGUCCGUCGUGGAAGAGCUGCUGAAGUUGAGGGCAGACCCGAAUCAGGAAGGGCGUGCGGGGUCGGACCUGCAGAGACCCUUUGUUUUCGCAUAUUUGCAGACAUCGUUCUACGGGGCCCCGCUGGCCAGCCUCUCCAAGAUCACCAAGUUGUUGCAGCGCUAUGGCGCCGACGUGGAUACGAACAUAUACCCGGGAACUCUGACAAGUGCUCUAAUGGAAGCAUCAGAGAACUGUGAAGUGGAUGUCGUUAAGCAUCUGCUUUCACUCAAUGCCGAUCCUGCCAAGCGCGAUGCAGAGAACAACACGCCCUCGGACCUGGCGUGCAAGUGGGCCGACAACGCCACUGCUUCUGACACCCUCCGGGACAUGUUCGUCGAUCGACGUGAAUGCUGCAGCAUCUACGGCUUCGCGUCGUCGCCCGACUUUUCAGCAUCUCAGCUAGUCUCCUUCGGCGCCAUGUCGGCCCACACCUCCUCGGACAUCGCGGCUGCCAUCGUCGUCCUCAAGGAGGCAAUCGACCAUGGCAUCGAUUUGGAGCUGCACUUUGGAGAGUGGAGCCGGGUCGAGCGGCGCUCCUUGGCGGUGGCCUACGGCGAGUCGGAGGCAGCUUACGCAGAUGUGAGGGCGGCGGCCGGAAGACCGGCGCAGGCCAAGUGUCGGACGCGGCACUUCGGGCGUCACUGGCAAAUCGCCGCCGUCAGCUUCGUGAAUCAGGGCGACGCCGAGGAAGCCCAGCGGUGGGGCUAUGUCACGCCGACCGCAUUCUAUGAAGCCCGGGGACGUUGUGAGAUCCCCGCGGCGGCACCCUCGGCCCCACCGGCGAACGUCGAUGGGCUGGAUGGCUACUUGGCGGAUGCAGAUCGUCGAGCAGUGGAGCGCCGAGAGGAGGAACGGCUCUUGCAGGCGCCGGCGGCUGCUCGGUAUCCGAAUGCGGUGCGCUCGACCUACGAGUGUUAUAUUGCUGCCGUCAAAACGGUGCCGGCUGCGCAGGCGCAGGUGCUUUUGCUGGUUGACCUGCCAUCGGCGCGUGCAGCCCCGAUGGCGGAGACGCGCCCGGACCCGGAGAACGAAGCAGUAGAGAAGUCCGAGGAUGCUCCAUCGCCCGUGAUAGAGGAGGUCUCAGCCGCGAUCCCCGAGGAGCAUCAUCCUGAGGUGAAGCAACGCCUCCCUGAGGUGAUGGAAGAGGCGGAGGACACACAAGAAGAGGCGCACUUCACCCAGGAGCCCUACGUGCCUGAGGUAUUGCAGCAGGAGACGGAUGUCAUGCCGGAACCUGUGAAAUCCAUGGACAGGGAUACGCAUGAUGAUGGAGAGACAGUGACAACGGCACCGAAAGAGGACGACUCGGUAGUGCCUGGAACAGAGGACAAGCUUGAAGACGCACCGGACUUUCCACUUUGUGGAAAGCUCAUGCAUUUUGGCAAGGAUGUUGCGCUCCGGCUCUUCGGCCGUGCGGGAGGACAACAGGCGGCGCUCAUCACCUGCAACAAGGCCAUCAGUGCUUGUAAGCGCCAGGGCGACUGGCAAGGAGCUCUGCUGCUCUUGUGCGGCAUUGGAGCUCAGAAGUUGGAGGCCGACAUCAUCUCCUACACUGCCGCGAUUGGGGCCUGCGAGAAGUCCCAGAAGUGGCAGCAGGCUUUGCAGCUUUUGCAUGAGGCUCUGGCAAGGGCCCUGCAAGCAAACGAGCUCACCUUCACUGCGGCCAUCAGCGCCUGCGAAAAGUCUGCGAGUUGGCAGAAGGCGCUGGUGCUCUUGGUUCAGGUGAGCGAGCAAGGACUGCAAAGAGACCUCGUGCUUCUGAAUGCAGCCAUCAGUGCCUGUGCCAAAGCGGGCAUGUGGCUCAGUGCCCUGGAACUGGUCCUCGACGCAGAGCACCAGCUCCUCCAGACCGACCUGAUCUCGCAGAACGCCUGCAUCAGCGCCUGUGCUAAGGCAGCAGAUUGGAGAUCGGCCUUGCAAGUCCUCGCCGACCUGGAAGUCAGAGAUCUUCUGCCCGACGUGAUCACCUACAGCACGGCGAUCAGCUCCCUGGAGUCGGAGUGGGAGUUGGCUUUGCAUCUGCUGAAGUCUGCAAAGGCCAACGUGAUCACCUACAACUCUACCAUCACAAGCUUCGGAGUAUCCAGUCAGUGGUGCCGUGCCUUCGAGCUCAUGGCCGAGAUGGCUUCUGGCAACGUCUGGGCCACCAUUGUGACUCACAACGCGGCCAUCGCCGCCUGUGAACGCGCUUCUGAGUGGCAGCAGGCCUUUCAGGCCUUUCUCCAGCUUCUAGACGGGCCUGCGAAAGGGCUGGAGCCGGAUGUGGUGACCCUGAAUGCCGCCCUGAGUGCCGCUUCACAUUCCUCCGAAUGGCAGCAGGCGAUCCGACUGCUGAAUGCUGCGGUCGCGCAGAAGAUGCGGCCGGAUGUUGUGAGCUUUGGGACCCUCAUCACGGGCUGCGAGCGCGCGGCUCUGUGGCAGCAGGCCCUGCAGCUUCUCGGCGAGCUCGAUCGCCGCAGCCUGGAGGCGAACGUGGUGACCUACAGCGCUGCCAUCAGUGCUUGCGAGAAGGUCUCCCGGUGGCCUUCGGCGCUGCAGCUCCUUGCCGAGCUGAAAUGGUCGCAGCUGCAGCCGAACGUGGUCGCUCUGAGCGCAGUGGUGAGUGCCUUGGAGCGGGCCGCGCGGUGGCAGCACGCGGUAAGGCUCCUCACGGACUUCCCUGCGGCUCCCAACGCCGUCACCCUCAGCGCGGCUUGCAGCGCCUGCGAGAGGGCGUCAGCCUGGGAGAUGGCUCUGUCCCUCCUCACUCUUUUUGGUACGGAGGGCAGAGACAAGCUGGUCUACAGCUCAGCGGUGGGUGCUUGCGUGAAGGUCGCAGAGUGGGAACAGGCCCUGUGCUUGAUGAGGGAGCUUCCUGAAACUGAUAUCAUCCUUCUUUCUCUGGGCAUCGCUGCCUGCUACCAGGGCUCCUUAUGGUUCCAGGCCCUGGUACUUUUAAGCCAGCUCGGGCCACUCACCUCCAGGACAAUGGCAAGUGCAUGGGUGGAAAAAGCCACGGCCGAUUCAUCUCAGAGCCAAGAGACUCAACUGUGA